GCAAAACCUAAGAUGAAGCAAACGAAACUGUUUAUUUGACUACCAAACUGUCCUACCAUCUCAACUUGAUAAGGCUGAAUGCCACUGGGUUAAGAAUAGGUGUGCAUUCGACAUGACUAGAGACGCCAAGAAAAAAUAAAACCUUCAGGCAUGUUCGACACGAUGAUAACGAUCCUGCUAACUCCUUAUCUAUUUUCUAAUUGGCCCUCGUCCGCGUGAUAUGGCAGUAUGGCCAAGAAGUCAUCAAUGCCACCGCCGUGCUGAUGUGGGCUUUGCUUCUACGUCAUAAAUCUAUUGCUCAAAAAGGAGGCCGAAUUGCUAAAGUUUUCUCAAGACGACCCCUUUUGGAGAGCAUUAAGUAAUUUUAACUUGUUUAUGGUAAGGAUAUGGUGGCAGUGUCGAUUAAUGAGAUGGCUAUUGGACCACAUCAUUGGUUUUUAAAUAGGACUGUUGCAACAGCCGAUUUAUUUAUUGAUUUUACCCUUUUCCCUCAAGAAAUUUAGAUAGAGUCACUUGAAUUCAAUUGCUAUAGAACUCACCAUUCAACAGUGACAAUGGGAUUGAGCUCCGAAGACCCAUUUUCUUACGUGGCUUCGACAGAACGUCUCUGGCAAGAUUUCUUGGAGCCGACGACGCUUGUGCUUAAGGAUCAAUACAUAGCACCGGAGACCGAACCUACAAAUUGGCUUUAUCAGAUAGGCCAGGAUGUGACCGCCAUCCCGCAGAAAGCAACAUCAAUAGCCUUUGAGAAGAUAGAGAACAACGAACCGGUGGAAGUUGACUCAUCAACUUCUACUCGAAGCCAGAAUAGACACCUCUUUUAUCUUGCGCAUCCAUUAGGUGCGCGGUACCGGACCGAUAUCCCUCCCUAUUACCUCACAUCCGUGUCGAGCGAUACGCUGGGUAACAUCAGUUUAGAGACGUCUAAGUCACGGCUCGGGAAAUAUGCAUUCAAGGUCCUAGUGAGCUCAGGAAGAAGCUGGACAGACAACCCGUUGUUCCACGAGAACGCAGAACUUUUGUUUAAUGUCAAACAGAAAUGGGCAAAUGGUCAUUACAUAUGGGCCGACUCCAAUAAUAAACAGGUGGCAUACGAGGAUGAUAAAUACAAUCAACACAGACUUGUCAUCACAGCAUCAAUGAAAGCAGACUUCAGAGAUGCUCUGGUCGCUGCAUGGUGUUUGAAGCUAUGGCAUGAUACAUCCGAAAGCAGCCAGGCCAAGAGCAAAUAUAUGGAAAGUCUGACACCGCCUGAGGAGAUGCUGUCAAAUAGAGGUAUACGAUCGAUGAAUAGUAUUGCGGGGCAUGGCAAUCUCGCUGGAUUAGCAUAGAGUGAUCGGGGGGGUUAUCUUCGAAUAUAAGAAAUCUAGAAUUAGCCUUAGAAC